AUGCCUUGCGACAUCAUCCACACGGUCUGUGAUCCUUAUGAUGAGCCCGAGGACGAUCUUACCAUUGACGACAUCGAGAUGAUUCUCGGUAGACGUACAACCGCUCAGCCUCCCACUGGAGGCCGCUGGUUUUCUUGCCCUGUCUGCAAUGCUCGUAUGUACUACUACAAUACGAUUUGGCUUUGUCGUUUCUGCCUUGAGACAAUUGGAAAUUUGGUCUAUGCUAAUUGCUAUGAGCUUAGAAGAUUCUACGACAGAAGCUCUUGA